AUUUAUAAGUUAUACGUGUUACAACGUUGUGCGUUCGAAAACAUCUGCGUCACAAACUUCUUGAGCUCUUUCCUCGCUGACCUUCCAACUGGCGCGUGCUGUGCGACAUGUCUAUAUUGUUGUUGUAGUUAUUAUGAUAAUAUUAUUUUACAUUUACGUAUUAACCACGCAAAUCCCGAAAAACGUCAAACGGACUGUGUGAAUAUAUUUAUCAUUGCGUGUUGUGAUAAUUGGACGCGAAUCCGAUCCGAUCAAUAAUAAUAAUAUAUGUCGCUCGAACGAGUCGGGAUAUAUAAUAUUAUAUAAAUACGGUUGUCGGACGAAGUUAAGCUCGCACAAGUACCACUCAUGUGCAGUCUAUAAUUUAUUACAUAGGUACCUAUCAGUAUAAUAAUACACACUGUAUUGAAAAGUGUUUGGAAUUAUAUUGAUGUAAUUUUUUUUAGUAUAUUAUAUGUAUACAGUAUAUUAUAAAUUAUAAUAUAUAUUGUUAAAUACAGUUUUCGACAAAUUCUUCUUACCACAUCGUUGAGAACUUUUUUUUUGAAUAUCACAAGAUGGAUUCGCAUCAAGCGACGGCGAUCUUCGUAUUGGUCUGCUGCUGCUGCUGCGGCGGAGUUGGUCGUACUGUUUGGGCAAACAUCGUCGACGGACGCUACUACGGUCCUCAUCGCCAUCAAAUCGGCGGGGGUUACUUGUACGGCACCGGCUCUUACCACCGAGGACCUCAACAUUACCGGAAUAUCGGCCUGAUCAGUAAUGGCAACUCUCGUCUGCCUCAGAUGCCCGCCUUAGCUUCAAUCGCAACGACCGCCGCCGUGGCGAUGCCCCGAAACAAUUACAUUAACCGCGGUCACCGCCCUUACCAAAACGUUAUAAUCCCAAUGUCACCGUAUUUCUGGUCGGCACCGAGAUCCGGUCUGCAUCGCGGUAACGACUAUUACCGUGGUCUUGGUAGUAGAACUGCCAUCUCGAAGAACCAACAGCACCUGUUUGGCGGAUUGAUCCCGAAGAAAACACGAAAGAUCGUCAUCGACGGGCCCGGCGGACACGUCUCUCAGUCAUUUAUCCGCGGACCUAAUACUCAUUAUGGUUACUAUUGAGCGUUGACAAGAUACGGCUUUUUGAAUCCGAAUUUCACAUAUAUUUCUGAAUCAACCAUCGCUUGUCUCUUAAACCUGUAUAGUAUGGUUUGGGCUGGUUUUUUAAUAUAUACAAAAUUGUUUGAUUAGUAAUUUUAUUUGAAAUCGAUUUUAUUUGUGUAUAAGUAUUUUUAAAUAUUGUUAAG